AGUGAAAUGAAGUUCGCUACUUCCGUGCUGCUCCUCUUGGGAGUGUGUAGUUUAAAUGCCGCGUGGGCCUGGCCGCGGGAGCCACUGCCUGAGGUGGAGCUACCGCCCAUCGUGGAGGAUGAGAUUUAUGAGCGCGCCAUCUAUGUGAAGCCCUUGCCCGAGGUGGAGGUGGAGGAAAUUCGCGAACGCGCUGUCUAUGUUGAAACCUUGCCCGAAUCACGUGCUGCUGCCUGCAGUGUGACGAUCCGUGGCGGUAUUCCCAGCCCCCAGCCCGUGUAUCUGAAAACCGACUCCGAGGAUAUCUAUCCGUUCUCUAGCACCGGAGUCAUGGAGUUUGAGGCAGGCGGCACAAUGCAGCUCUGGUGUCCUGGAGCCUUCAGCACACACUCGCAGACCCUGUUGACUGCUACCUGUGUCAGUGGCAGCACCUUCCGUGUGGACGGCACUAGCUACGACAUUAAGGAGCUCGCCUGCAAGACCUGGCCGGGCUUCACUGCUGUCAAGAGCGGCGCUACAUGCAACGGAGGCGUCGUCAUUCGUGUUGGAUUCCAAAUCAGUUCGUCCCGCUUCGCCGAGCAAAUGCAAAUCUGCUUCAACGAGGAGGAGGAGGUGACUCGUUACACACGCCAUCAGCUGUUCCCUGGUAGCAAUUACUACGAAACCGGUGUGGAUCGCAUUACCUUCCAGACCGCUGGCUUCUUUGGCGGAAAGAACGUUGACAAACUCUAUACUCAGGUUACUCAAUUGGAGACCAUCAAUGCCGAGCUCGGCUACGAUGCCGGCAAAUAUUUCGACACCUCUAGUGUGUUCUUGGCUCGUGGUCAUUUGGGCGCCAAGGCCGAUUUUAAUUACGCUCCUGAGCAGCGCGCUACUUUCCUGUUCAUCAACGCCGCCCCUCAGUGGCAAUCCUUCAAUGCGGGCAACUGGGCACGUGUGGAGGAUGGAGUUCGCGCUUGGGUAUCCAAGAACCAGAUGAAUGUUAACUGCUACACCGGUGUUUGGGGCGUUACGACGCUGCCCAACAAGGACGGUGUUGAGACCCCCCUGUAUCUGUCUCACGACACCAACAACAACGGCCUGAUUCCAGUCCCCAUGUUGUACUUCCGUGUUGUGAUCGAGCCCUCCACCCACCGCGGUAUUGUAUUUGUCGGUGUUAAUAACCCUCACUUAACCGAGGAGCAGAUCAAGAAGGACUACGUUAUCUGUAAUGAUGUAAGUGAUGAAGUUACAUACAUUAGCUGGAAGAAGACGGACAUCAAGGCCGGUUGGUCGUACGCUUGUGAGGUGGCCGACUUCCUAAAAACGGUGAAGCAUUUGCCUGCUUUGACUGCUAAAGGUGGUCUGCUUGUUUAAAUGUGAAUAAAAAUAAUUGCAUAUUCUAAGAGAAAA